AUGGAAAUAAUAAAACAAAAACAUUCUCCAUUAAAAAGACUUCUACAUAAAUGGCAAUCUAAAAGAAACAUACCAUUCAGAAGGAAAUUUUUUGUUGGUUAUGAUUUACAUGGAAAUACUUAUUGGGAAUUUACAAUUGAUGGAAAUUUAAGCAGAUUACGUAGGAAAUUAGAACCUUAUGCUCCUCAAGUUUUUAAAGUUGAUUAUUUUAAAACAAUUCCACCUCAAUGGUUACAAUGGUUAAGAAGAACUAGAAAUGAACCUCCUAGUUUAAAUGAAUUAGUUGGUGAUCAAAUACGACAAAGAAAUUUGAAAAUUUUAGGGAAACGAGCUGAUGAGAAAUGGAAGAAUGAAAAAUUAAGAUUGGAGCAGGAAGAACAAUUACAAGAUGAUUUGAAGAGAAUUGAGUUAGGGAAAAGUUCACAAAGAGAGCCAUUGCAGAAGGAAGAUGAUGAUAUUCCUAAAACAGUGGAGGAAGAAAAUCCUUGGAAACAAGCUGAUGAAACUAGAGAUUCAAAUCCUAUACAAGCAGCUACAAUCAAACCUAGGAAUUAA